UCCCAUUUUAUUAAAAAAAAAAAUUCGAGACGAAAGCACGGACGCUCCGCUGUCGACGGAAUCGCGAAGGGCGGAUGAGUGCUGCGCGCGUUUAAUGCUUUUAAUUCGCCCCAGUUGUGGAGCCAGCUUCCGCUUUCGACCGACGCAGGAUUUUAACACAAAUACCGACGCAGUUUCCGCCUGGGAAAUGCAGGUCCAGUGAUGAGGCCCGCUACGUCACGCGUGUGAGGUGCACGAGAAGCAGUGUGAAAAGUAAAGCAAAGGCAAAAAAGAAAAAACGGCAAAGCGGAGACUCACAAAGAGAGAGGCGUUUUCAAACGGAAUUCACAAAAGUGUUAAGAUCAGUAAUGUGCAUUUAGUCGCGUCGCAGAAAAGCAAUCGUCGCCAAACAUAUUGCUUUGUGUUUCUUUGUUUUGUUUGGCUCGCACGCGCGCGUGUGUGUGUUUUGGUGUGCGUAGCGAGUGCUUGUGUGUGUGUGCGCGCGUGAGAGCGCAAGGACAAGAGAGAAGAGGAGUCCGCAGGAGAGAGAAUCAACAACUGUGGAGCUAAAAAACACUCUCCGACGAUGGACACGUUUCGCAAAUGGCUGAACAAACCCAAGGCUGAUGACAAAUCGCUGCUGGCCCGCUUCUUCCAUGCGGAUCGAUCCCUCACAGCGGUGGCCAGCGAACUGGACAGCUUCGAUGGACGGGCAGAGCCGGAUCGGUGCACCAGACUGGUCAGCAGGCUGCGACAGAAUCAGGACAAAGUCCUGGCCAUCACGAACUUGAUCAUGGAGGAGCUGCUAGGCGAUGAUCGCGACCCCAGGGCUUUCCGGGCUAAAUUUCCCGAGGAAGUGCUGCAGGAGAAUCUGGCGGGGCAGCUGUGGUUCGGCGCCGAGUGCCUGGCUGCCGGCUCCUCGAUCAUGAACCGAGAGACGGAGAGCAAGGAGAUGCGGCCCCUGGCCCAGGCGGUGACCAAGAGUCUGGGCAAUGUACGGGUCCUGCUGAGGGAUCAGUGUUUGCGCAACAAUGUGCCCAACAGCAAGACCCUGCACCUGGACCUGAAUGACUCCACCACGGAGCAGCUGUACGAGAGCCUGAAGAUCUUCGAUCGACUGUUCGCCGAGUUUGAGCUGAGCUAUGUGAGCGCCAUGGUGCAGGUGAAAUCCCGGCACGAGUACGAGAUGCAGCAGUGGAUCGGUGUACUGUUCUCGGAGACGCUGCAGCGUGCUUUGAAGACCGGUCUUCUCGAUCAAGACAUGGUGGAUGCCUUCGAUCCGGGCCUGAUGUUCUCCAUUCCGCGUCUGGCCAUUGUCGCCGGGUUGGUGGUCUAUGCCAAGGGGCCGCUCAACAUGGACAUGCCGGGCGAUCAGCUGUCCGAGAUGUUCCGUCCCUUCCGCACCAUUCUGAUCAAGAUCCGUGAUCUCCUGCGCAACCUCAACCACCAGGAGCUGUACCAGCUGGAGAAGCUGCUGUGCACCAACGAGGAUAUCAACAGCACCAAGGUUCCCCUGGGCUCGAGUAGCAUCGAAGCACCUAGUCCGGAGCACAGUGCAAAUCCCACCACAAGCAGCAGCAGCAGCAGUAACAAUAACAACAGCCACAGCAGCAGCACGGCGACGCACAGGACUGUGGAGCGAUUGGUGGAUCAGCGAAACAACAACAACAUCAAUAGCAACAGUGCUGCUCCAGCCGUGGAGGAGGAGUCCGCACUGCGCUCUCCGUCCAUGUUGUCGCUGUCGGCCACCAGCACGCCCACCGCCUCGCCCGCACCCUCGCCGACGCCCUCGCACUCGAUAGCCUCCACCUCGUCGGCGGCCACAAGCUCCACAAACCCACCGGCAGACUGGAGUGAUGGCGAUGACGAGGAUGAAGACGAUGAGGAAGCAGACAUCGAGGUGGAUGAGGAGGAGGACUUGAAUUCCAGCAGCGACGAGGACACGGAUGAAGAGCAGCUGCUCAAGGAUAUUGUUGCUGCAGACUGUGCCUCCGGCUACCUCAUACCCAACACCAAUCUGGGUAACCUGCUGCAGCCCCAGGAAGUUCCUCUCACAGACAACUUCGUGGCCAGCGAAGAUGAUGAGUACGGAACCGGGGAGCCGCAGCGGCAGGAGGAGGAGCCCAGCACCAGUGCUGCCAUGCUGGCAGCCAGCCACACCCUGCAGCGGCUGCGUCUGCCCAGCAGCGACAGCGAACCGCUGGCCGAGCACACAACGACAAUCAAAUCGUCCGAGCAGCCGCCGCCCGUGCCCAGCAGUCGCCAUAAGCAUAGUCACCGUCAUCACCAUCAUCGGCAUAGUCACCACCAUCAUCAUCAUCACCAGCACCACACACAUCACCACGAGCAGCCGCAUCCGCAUCGCACAACGCGCAGUGCUCGCAAGCGCUGCAGCCUGGAAUCAUCGGAGCCUGUAGAGACGAUGGGUCAGCCCGAGAGGGAACAGAUCCUGGCCAGCGGUGACACUAGUGCCGCCUCCUCGCUGUCCGACGAUGUCUCCCUGGCCAUGCGCAACACCACGGCACGCCUCAAGUUCAAGAGCACCGAGAACCUGCUGCAUCGCCUGUUCGUCUGCAUUGCCGGCGUUGCCGACCAACUGCAGACGAACUUUGCCUCCGAUCUGCGCCAUAUCCUGCGCAGUGUGUUCCUCAUGAACAUGUCGUCCGCCCAGGAGGAGAUCGACAUACCGGAAAAGACCAAGGAGUCGGAGCUGUUCGAGUUCCGGGCCUCCGAGAACGAUGUGAUACAGGAGAGCGCCGGCUCCAACCAAAGCAUUUACUCAGCGGAGGAGGUGAAUCCCGAGCUGGACAAUGUGUUCAGCGCCGGCGGAGGCGGUGAAGGAGGUGCCAGGAACGGUAACCCGGCCAAUGCCCAGCGCCAUUCCGCCGGCGCCAGUAUGCAGCGGAACCAUACAAUCGAUCUGGCAUCAACGGCACAGAACGGCGAGGGAAAUGCUGGGGCCGCCAAUCGCUCGCAUGUGACGCGGAGCCGGAGUCUCGGGGACCAGGAGUCGGCCCACAGCAGCACACAGCUGCAGCAGCAACAGCCGGAGCAGCAGCACCACCAGCAGCAGCAAUUGCAAAUUCAGCUGCAGCGGCAGCGAAACAAUUCCGUGGGCAGCAACACGCCAUCCAGCGCAUCCUCCACCAGCUCCAGCUCGGAGCAGAAUUCCCCGGUGAGCGUCAGGAGCGGGAGUCGGCGUCGCCUGCAGAGCAACAACGAAACCCAGAUGCCAGCCUCCGCCUCGACCACACUGGCCCCGCCCGCCUGGAUACCCGAUGGCAAGGCGCCGCGCUGCAUGGCCUGCCAGACGCCCUUCACUGCCUUCCGGCGUCGCCACCAUUGCCGCAACUGCGGCGGGGUCUUUUGCGGCGUCUGCUCCAACUCCUCGGCCCCGCUGCCCAAAUACGGCCUGACCAAGGCGGUGCGCGUCUGCCGGGAAUGCUAUGUGCGAGAGGUGCGCUCGGGCCUGCAGGGAGUCCAGGGCGUACAGUUGCAGAGUCCCACCGCCACCGCCUCUUAGGAUAGGCCCCUGGCGCUAGCAGGCGCAGCUGAUGACCAAAAAGGAGGAAAAGCAAACUGUGAAUCGCAAACAUUGUUUUCUUUAUUUUAUACGUAAACCCAAUCCGCAGCGAGAGCGUAUAUAGAUCGUAUAUAUAUCCUAUAUAUAACCAUAACUAUAUUUUUUAUUUACAAAUGACCAACAACUGAGCGUCUAUCAAACGAGUGUGUCUGUACAAUAAAGCUUCGAUCCUGUACUAUAUAUAGCGACAUUUGGUUCAUAUCAAAGGAUAGGGAUAGGGAUGGCUCCUUGCAUUUUAAACUAAAUACGUUUUGUUUGUCGUUUUUCGAUUUAUUUUGGGCUUUCGGGAAGAGCACACCUUAGCUUUAACUUUGCAGAAUUCCUUUUGUCACUAGCCAAGGCCUUACUAUAUAGAUAAAUGUAUAUUUUUGGGGUAUUAUAUCAAUCGAGCUGAUUACUAUAUGGUAGGCGUUAACUGUAGCAGAAAUUUUUGCGAAAACAUUCUUUGUGAUUUAUCGUAAUUUAAUAUGUAUUAAUUCCCCUAUGUUAAAGCGUUUCAAUAUCCGACCCCCCUAGCUGGAAGUAGCUAAGUAAAUCCUAGACGUAUGUUUUUUGGCAAGAUGAAAUCCUUAAAUUGAAUUUCAACAAUAAUUAAAACACUAUACCAAUCUAAACGUAAACGAACAUAUAUAAUAUAUUUUCAGAUUCAAACUUGUAUAAAGAAAUGUAACGAAAACUAUGAGAAACGUAUGUAAAUUGAGUUUAAGAAAUAUAUGCAAUUUUAUGCUUAAAUAAAACAACAAAAAACCAA